AUGCGUAGCUUGAUUUCAAAGCUAGAAUUAAACGCCUCAGUGAGGAGUUUCUAAGCUUGUUAUUUUGCAUAUCUACGAUACAUCAAGCGCUGGAUCACGUUUUUUAGUUAAGUGUGGGAGUCUCAGUGGCAGUUUCUUGUCUUGCUUGUGAUUGGUUGGGUCACUUUCCAUUCUUUCUGCUUCCGUUUCAAACCUCAAAUGAACAAGUGGUCCUACCCAGUAUGAAUUAUUAGCUCUAUUUAAGUUCCGGAUGUGGGAAAAGUCUCUUGUUAACUUCUAUUUUCAAUGGGAAUUUACUUCACAUUGAACUUCAUCUGAAUGUUUGAUAGUUACUUGGUUCGUUUGGUUUCUCAAACAACAUACUAAUUUUGGCUUCCCAGAGAUGGCUGAGAAAGAGAGCUUGUAUUCAUCAGGCGAUUGGAGAAGAUUACCAAUUUGCACUUUCUUUAAGGAUGCCAGACUAGUUUUUAAAUCAGACAGUCUUGGUCGGGAAAUAUUGUCAAUUGCAUUGCCUGCAGCAAUGGCUUUGACAGCUGAUCCUAUUGCUUCACUUGUUGACACCGCAUUCAUUGGCCAAAUAGGUCCAGUGGAGCUUGCAGCUGUAGGAGUUUCCAUAGCUCUCUUCAACCAAGUGUCAAGGAUAGCAAUAUUUCCACUUGUCAGUGUCACAACCUCUUUUGUGGCUGAGGAAGAUAGCCUCAAUGGAACAAGUUCACAGGUAGAGGAGAGUGGCUGCUUGGAAGCAGGUCAGGCUAUGAAUGCUGAAACCGAAGAUUUCUUACCACAAAAAGUUACAGGUGGAAAUGUUCACAAUUCAGAUUUGGUUGGAGAAAGCUUUAAUAUAAUUAAGGAGGAACAUAAGAGAAGACAUAUCCCUUCAGCUUCGUCAGCAUUAUUUAUUGGUGGCAUUCUCGGCCUCAUCCAGGCAGUAUUACUUAUAGCUGCAGCAAAACCUUUAUUGAACUUCAUGGGAGUAACUUCUGACUCUCCUAUGCUACACCCUGCACAGCGGUACCUGACAUUGAGGUCCCUUGGUGCUCCUGCAGUUCUUCUCUCAUUAGCAAUGCAGGGAGUCUUCCGAGGAUUUAAAGACACUAAAACUCCUUUAUAUGCCACUGUGGCUGGAGAUGUAACCAACAUAGCACUAGAUCCUCUAUUCAUGUUUGUAUUCCGCUUGGGUGUCAGCGGUGCAGCCAUUGCGCAUGUCAUAUCUCAGUAUCUAAUUUCAGCUAUACUCCUGUGGAGGUUGAUGGAACACGUUGAUCUUAUACCUCCAAGCACCAAGCAUCUGCAAUUUGAUCGAUUUCUUAAGAAUGGUUUUUUAUUAUUAAUGAGAGUCAUUGCUGUAACAUUCUGUGUGACGCUGGCUGCAUCAUUAGCUGCACGCCAGGGAUCAACAUCCAUGGCUGCAUUUCAAGUCUGCCUGCAAGUUUGGUUGGCAGUGUCUCUUCUUGCUGAUGGUCUGGCUGUUGCUGGGCAGGCUAUUCUCGCCGGUGCAUUUGCUAAUAACGACUAUGACAAGGCCACAGCAAUAGCAUCCCGAGUAUUGCAGAUGGGUUUGGUUCUAGGAUUGGCACUUGCAUUCAUUCUUGGAACAGGAUUGCACUUUGGAGCUAAAAUAUUUACAAAGGAUGUUAAUGUCCUCCACCUCAUUAGAGUUGGGAUCCCGUUUGUAGCAUUCACUCAACCCCUGAAUUCCCUAGCAUUUGUAUUUGAUGGUGUCAACUUUGGGGCAUCUGAUUUUGCAUAUUCAGCCUUCUCCAUGGUUGUGGUGUCAAUUAUUAGCAUAAUUUGUCUGCUUAUUUUGUCAUCCGCUGGUGGUUUCAUUGGAAUUUGGGUUGCUUUGACCAUCUAUAUGAGUCUUAGAGCAUUUGCCGGCUUCUUGAGGAUUGGAACGGGAUCAGGACCUUGGCAGUUCCUUAGGAGCUCAUAAUCAUAGCUACAUAUUUGGCCUCAGCUUCAGUGGUGUUUACAUUAAAGCGAGAAGAAGAGUUGUCCCUAGGUUUAUAUAUCUCCUGGAUAUUCUUUUGAAAAAACCGACACUUCUCCUUGCUUGAUUGUGCUUGGGGCAUUGGUUGGAAAAUCAACCUCUGCUUCAGAAUAUGUACCCAAAGAAAAAAAAUCUUCAACUGUAUUCUCAUAGGCUCACAUAAAGAGAAAUGAAAUGUAAUAUAGGAUCAAACUUUUGUAUGUAACCAUGCAACAAAUAUAAUUACAUGAAUACCAUGAAAAUGAAAGAUUGCAUGGAACAAUAC